AUGCAUUCGAGAAGGGUUUCACAGUGCCUAAUUUUGCAAUUUGAAGCUCUGAUAUCGCUGGUGAAGUAUGGUGGAGUAGAAAGGUAUGUGUAUGGAAACAAGAAAUUGAUGAUUAUGAGGGUGGUUAUCUUCAUCUAUGGAGUAUGGAGUUCCAGGAGGAGUAUUGAUGGAAUGGUAGAUGACAAAGACAUUCCUGGUGGCCAACAAAAUGAGCAAGCCCACUUAGAUGAGGACGAUGAAGAUGUUGGUGUGGAGUAUAGGGUGCAUGAUCCCAAUGUUGAUUGGAGAGAGAUGAUGCCUCGAUUAGGAGACUAUUGUGAAUCAACCGAUCAACUCAGGAAUUAUCACUUUGGUUCCAUAGUUACUAGCAAUUGGUUAGCUAAACACUACCUGAAAGAUGCAAUCAUAAAGCCCAAGAUUACAUUGCUAGAGAUGCAAGAAGAUGUCCUACAAAGGUUGAGUAAUCUGGAUACAACUUUCUUGGUUGGGGUAGAAAGUAAUCUAGGGUGUAACUAUUUAAAGAGUCUGUAUGUUGGGUUUAAGGAUUUCAGAGGAUGUAGAAGGGUAAUAGGACUAGAUGGUAGUUUCUUAAUGGGGCAAGUAAAGGGGGAGAUUUUAACUUCUAUUGGGAGGGAUUCAAACAACCAUGUCUACCUAAUAGCAUGUGCAGUUGUGAAUGUUGAGAAUAUGGACAAUUGGACCUGGUUUAUUGAGAAUUUGGUUGCUGAUUUGGAUCUUGGUGCUGGAAAUGGAUUGGUUAUUAUCUUAGACCAACAGAAGGUACCAACAACAUAUAUUAUUGGGCCUGCUAUACUAAGAAGGGAUGCUGCUCAUCCCCCUGUUUCAAAAUCUGGCGAUCAAGAUGGUGGUCAUGCUAUUACUCCUAUGAAAAGGACCAAGAUGAUGGCAAGGAGAGGAGGGAAAACUAAAGUUUUCGGAUCAAGGAACAAAACACCAAAGAAAACACCUAAUGGUAAGCAACAUAAGAGUCAAGCAAAAGAUGAUGUGUCCCUAACAUGUGAUGAGGAUUUUAAUGAUCUUUUCACCCAUACACCUAAUGGUACACAACCUAUGAGUCAAGAAAAUUAG